AUGACGUGGCAGAAGACGGAGGAUCUGGAGAUUCAGUCGCUCCGAAAUGUGACUUUAAUUUCUAUUGGAAUCACUGUUACAGUACUUUUACUCGGUCUAGUUGGAAGCAUUAUUAUUUUCUCGAAAACUUACGCUUUUCAGACCGAACUAGAAUACGAGCUCAAAUACUGCGUCUCAAAAUCUCAUGACCUGUGGGAUAAACUGACUCAGUUAGAAAUCACAAAAGGUGUCAAAACCAGAAGAAAGAGACAAUUUUUUUUGGAUUACUGUAACGAUGUAUCAAAUUGUGGAGGACCAUCGAACUGUGGACAAGAUUCUGGAUGUACAGUACACGCAGUGCAUUCGAAUAGUUGUGGAGAUAAUAAUGGAUGCUCUCAACCCGUUCAGCCGGUUCAACCUGUUAUAGUUCAACAAAUUAGGCAAGAGAAUAUCUGUAUCUUCGGACCACCCGGUCCUCCUGGAUUCCCUGGUCCUGAUGGUUUGGAUGGAGAAGAUGGUUCUGAAGGAUAUCCAGGAACUCCCGGUUCAAACGUCCCUGAACCAGUUCUUCCUGAAAUUGAUGACUUUUGCUUCGACUGCCCACCUGCAAAGAGGGGGCCACCUGGGCAACAGGGACCAAAGGGUCUUCGUGGACCGCCGGGGCCGAUUGGAACCUCAGAUUACUAUGUGACUGCAGGUCCACCAGGUCCUCCGGGUCCUCCUGGACCACCUGGAGAUCCGGGAACUCCUGGGUCAAGAGGACCUCCUGGUGAUCCUGGAGUAUCAAUUAAAGGACAUCAGACUGUAGAAGGACCGAGAGGAGCACCGGGCCCCCCUGGUGCAAUAGGGAUUCCUGGACCACAAGGAGCUGAAGGAAUUGCACGUCACGGAUCAGUGGGUCCACCAGGAAAUCGAGGAGCAAACGGUGCGAAGGGGAAAACUGGUUCAAGAGGUUCCCCUGGGUCAAUGGGACCACCUGGACCAUCUGGUGGAUGCUCUGCUUGCCCCAUUCCACGUGUUUCACCUGGUUAUUAA